AACAAUUGGAGUAAAUAAAAAAUCGAGUUAUUGGUUAUUUUCACAGGAAAUGCAUUGAGUAAAAGCUGAGCAAACAUGAAUGUAAUCGCAACCAGUGUUUUAUUUGUUUUGUUAUUUGAGUUUUCCAGUGGUGUAGUCAGUUUAAAAUCGCAUGAUGUUCGCAAUUAUUUAGGUACUCGUACGCCUUAUAGAUUUAGGUAUAACAAGAACGAUUCUAAAAUAAAAUAUCCACAAUGCAACGAUUCAAAAAUUUGGAUGAUAGCCCGCCAUGGAACACGACUGCCCAGUGCUAAAGACAUUGUUGGCAUGAACACUACCCUUAAGGAUUUAAAAUUUGAGAUUCUAUUGGCUCACCAACAAGGAAAAGGUGAUCUUUCUAAGGAGCAGUUGCAACAGCUACAGCUAUGGUCCAGCGAUCUGGACCCAGACAAAGAAAAGUAUUUGACUAGAGAGGGGCAGGAUGAAAUGAUUCUGCUGGCAGAACGCAUGCACAAGAGAUUCCCAAAUGCUGUCAAACAUAAUUAUGAUAAUCAGACAUUUCUUUUUAAAUACACAGCAACCGAGAGAGCCCAGCAGAGUGCACGAUAUUUUACAAUUGGACUGUUUGAUAGGAAAGAUGCUCAAGGUGUUAUUUUUGCACCUACAACGAAAAUCGACCCCAUAUUAAGAUUUUACAAACACUGUGACAGAUGGCAAAAGCAAGUUAAGAAAAAUCCGAUUACGUAUAAGGAACAAUACAUAUUUGGUCAUAGUCAACAAAUGAAUAAAACUCUGGCUGCUAUAUCGAAAAGACUCGGCCUCAGUCAUGUUCUUAGUUUGGAUACAGUGAACCUCAUGUACAAAAUAUGUGGUUUUGAAACAUCAUGGAGUAAAUAUCACAUGUCUCCGUGGUGCUAUGCUUUCAAUCAAGAAAGUGCUGAGAAAAUGGAAUACUACCACGACUUAAAACAUUACUGGAUGGAUGGUUAUGGACAUGACCUGACCUAUCGACAAGCUUGUUUAGCCAUAAAAAACAUGUUUGAAAAUUUCAGCAACCAAGGCCCCAACGCAACAUUCCUUUUUGCACAUUCCGGAACACUGUUGAAGAUCCUCGCUCAUCUCCAACUCUACAAACCAGAUCAACCGUUAAGGGGGAACACAUUACUAAAGGAUCGACAUUGGAAGACUUCACAUAUAGACUGCUUUGCUUCUAAUUUGGCUUUUGUGUUGUUUGAAUGUAAAGAAGGCGACCACGUUUUGGCCCUCCAUCAAGAGCAAGUAAUUAAACUACCCAUGUGCAAAGAGGAGCUCUGCCCGUUGAAGACUUUAUUAGAAUACUUCUACGAUUCAAUAUACAACUGCGAUUAUUCCGAUAUGUGCAGUCUUAGCAACGAGAAGAUUGCUAAAUGAUGACAUAAAAACAUAAGAACUCAAAAGAAAUAUAUUUUAUUUAAAAAACAUAUGACUUAAAUUUUAAUAUACAAGUAUUUGGACAUAACAUACCUACGUACAAUGUUUACAAAAUAAAUCAAAUAUAUAACAGGAAUUUGAAACAGCCGAAUUAUAUUAUAUAAUAAAACAUGGCUUUUAACUUAGGAUCAGUUGGGGUAAGAGGAACACCAGGGGAAGAGGGACUUGGAGCUAUAUUUAUAGAGUUAUAAUUUUUAUUAUAAUUCUUUAAUUUUUAUAAUAUAAAGUUACUCACAAUAUAAAGAGUUUAUAGCCCUGUAGUUUCUCAGUGGAUAAAACAGACUAAGAAAUUAGUUUAAAGGAUUUUAAAGAGAUGUCGCUACGAUGUUCCAAAUCCAAAGUGCGGAAAAUACAAAUUUGACAGUUAGGAAAUCGAAAACCCGAUUAUACAUUUACUUUGUAAGAAAUACGACAAUUGUUUCUCUUACCCCAUCUUUAGGGGGAAGACAAUUUGCACGUUUUCGGCAAAUAUACCGUAAGUAUUGAAUUUAGCGUAAUGAUUGUUGAAACGCGUAAAACUGAUAAACAAAGGUAAGUUUAGUGUACUUCAAAAUUCUUUUAUGACUUCAAAACAUUUGACUCAAAAUAAACUAUGUUCCUCUUACCCUGCCUGAUUUUGUAUAAUUAAUUAUUUCAUCGUCAUUGUUUUUAUGUGUCACAAUCAUAAUGUGGAAUGGAUUAGAUAAUUAUUCUAACCCCCUCUAGUUCAUAUAAGUUUUUAAUCCAUCUCAGUUGAGGGAAAUCAAUUUGAUUAAUAAAAAAAAAGCAUUUUUAUUGAAUGCCAUAAUUUAUAAUUUUUUUUAUACAACACACCAAAAAUACUUAUGUAAAGUAUAUACAUAAUAAAAAACUAAGCAAUGUCCAAGAUUGUAACAAGCUAAUGGGGUAGUGUAAAAAUAAUUAUAGCUUACAUUGUCAGGUAUUUAUUAUUUACAAGUGCCAGAUUAAGUAGAUAUUAUAUUAUACAUAGUAUUAUCCAUACAACUGUAUGGAAGAAAACGCACAUACCGUAUGGUUUAAUUAUCAUUCCAGUGAACGAAUUAGGUUACCUACCUAUAUUUAUAUCAAACCAAAAUUGUAAGUUAACUGAAGAUGAAUGUGUAAACUUAUUAAAGAG